UGAACUUUAACCGGAAGCACAUGGCGAAACAAUAUUUUCAAAAUGCACAAAAUUGAUCAAGCAUUACUGGAUAUAUUCUGGUCUCUGGCUGAAUCUGGCGAAGAUGAGCGGGUCAAGUCAGUGGUUGAGAUGGUCAGGAUUCUGAAAGAUAAGCAGUCUAACUCAACAGAUGAGGUUUGUCCAGAGUUGAAAUAUGUCGUCUCCAGAUUAGUGAGAGGACUAGCUUCUGAUCGCAAGUAUGCAAGACCAAGCUUUUCCAUGGCCCUGUCCCAGGUUCUACAGGCAUUCACCAAUGUUCCUAUUGAACUUGUCCUGGAUGAGGCACGUGAAAAGCUGAAGACAACACAACAAGAUUCUAAAAGUGAUGAGACAAAUGCGUUGCUAGGGAAACUCAUGGUGUAUCUAGCUGUUAUUCAAUCUGGUAGGAUCUUGAAAGAAACUGGGCCUAACAUCUCCUCAAUGGUUGCAGACAUGUAUAAACUACCAAGCAGUAAACCAUUCCUAGGGCAAAUAACCACCCUGGGACUGUGCCAGCUAAUUGAGAAGGUUUCAACAAAAAUAUUUACCAAAUCCAUUCUUCCGUCUAUCCAAGAGGGAAUUUCUAAAGGCUGGGAGGACUGCACGCCAAACACACUGCUGCUACUCAUGUGCAUUGCAAAACAUCAUAUGAAAAGUGUGAAGGAGAUAUUGAGCACAAAAUGGGGAACAUCUGACCUUCUUGCAUCGAAGCACUACAGCCACAUUGCUCAAAUCAUGAUGGCCAGCACUAGUGAACACCCUGUAAUACAUGAGGUCUGCAAGCAACUUGUCACCACGGCUUUAACCACUCUUACUUCAAUAGACAACCUGAAAGCUUUCUGGAACAACAUUAUCGAUGGAAAACUAGCAUCGGGUAACAGCACCCCUAACAGAGUGUUCCUGUGUUACCAGCUUGUUGAGAUUGCUUUGAAUGCAGCUACUAAGCCAGAACAGAUAAAGGUGAUCAUGUCAAAGAACAUUUUAGAGAAGUUGCUGAAAGACUGCAGUAAGAAGUCAAGCCUGUUACACAGUGCUGCAUUGCAGUUGACUAAUGGUUUGGUUGCCUUUGUUGAGAAAACUGAUGACAAAGACUUGGAAGUGGCAGUAGCGAAAAGUUUAAUUAUGAACCAAUCAUCUACUGUUAUGUUUAACGGUGUCACCAAUACAAAUACACUGGAUAGGAUCAUACAAGCUUUCUCACCCAAGGCGUCUGAGGAGUUCACAAAACUUUUACAGGAAAUCAUUGGUGGAAAAAAUAUAUUUGGGACAGGGGAUCUAGAUGCUCAUCGUAAAUGGGCGAUACAGCAGCUUCCCCGUGUCAUAACCAGUGGUGACACCAAGUGGCAGUUAGGAGUACUACAAUACAUGUUGAUUCAUUCAUCCUUCAUUGUGAAGACAACCUCAGAUGAUAUCCCUAUGUUAAGCAAACUGUCGCUGCCACUUUCUGCGGAAUUGCGACUGAACAUCAAAGAUGCCCUCUAUAAAUGUCUGAACAAACUAGCAACAUAUAAGGCCAAUAAGAAAGACUCACAUAGAGAUACAAGAGCUUACAUAAAUCUACUCUAUCAACUCCUCAACUCUGUGAAUAGUUUAUUCAAUGAUGUAAAGAUGGCGGAACCAGUCAAGGCACUCAAUGAGGAGGAAAAAUCAUCUUGGACUAACCUCAUCGAGAAAGUUUCUGAAAUUCACAAAGGCAACCAUGAGGCUUCUAAAAUGAACAAAGGUCACGCAUUUGAGCUUCUGUUUCUUCAUCUUGGAUUACAACUGCUGUCUGAGCCGCAGAGUGUAAUCGACAUCUUGGAAGAUUUAUAUGAGUGCCACGAGCGAGCCCUGCAGAAAAAGAAGAAAUCGAAAAAAGAACUUCAAGGAGAACCAGAGUGGAUAGAAGUGAUAACUGAAGUGUUGUUAAGUCUUUUGUCGCAACAAUCUCACUUCAUCCGUGUCAUGGUCACAAAUGUCUUCCAUAAUCUCGUACCUCACCUUAAUGAAGCAGCUGUCAAUUUACUUAUAAAGGUGUUGAAGUCAACUGGGGAAGAAGAGGAAGAUGACGAAAUGCUGGGAUUCGAUGAUGAUGAAGAUAUGGACUCUGUUGAUGAAUCAGAGAAUGAUGAAAAUGAAGAUGAGGAUGAAGAUGAACAAGAAGAGAAUGAGAGCUCUUCAGAAUCAGAGGAAGAAAGUGAUAGUGAGGCUGAUGAGGCUCCUGAUGAAGCAUUCCGGGAACACUUGAAAGCUGUAUUAGGACCUGCUGCUGAGAAGAGUGACGAUGAAGAGGAGGAUGAUGAUUUGAGUGACAGCGAGAUGUUUAAGUUGGAUGACAUGUUAGCAGCAGCAUUUCGCAGCCGUGUCAAAGACAAGAAGUCGGACAAGGAGAAACUGAAACAAUUGGUCCAUUUCAAAAUGAGAUGUUUGGAGUUGGUUGAGGUCAUUGUGACCUCUGAAGUGUCGUCUGCUAUAUUAAUACAACUGCUCUGCCCCCUAUUGGAUAUAAUGGCAGCUAAAGACACCAAGGAUAGAGAUCACAAGGAGUUUGCAGGGAAAGCCAAAAAUGUUUUCCAUAAAUUGUAUAAAUCAAAACGGGUUGCGAAAGACUCCUCGUCAAUAAAGAUGGAGCUACCUGCCAAGAUGGAGGAACUUGUUGAAUAUUCCAGAAAAUUCUCUGAUGUGCCGAUAAUAGUUGAAGUCUCAAAUGCAUGUCUGUUCCUGAUUCGUAUACUACUGGGUAUUGAGCAUCACAUUGAGCCGUCACCAUUGAAAACACGUGCCCAGAGGUCUCAACUUGGGGAAAAGAUAUCACAUGGCGAUCAGGAUAACAAACAAUUCAUCAAGAUUUUGGACAUCAUAAAGAAUGCCUUAGUGAGGUACUUUGAGAAAAGAGACAGCCACUUCAAUCACAUGUUCUUCUGCAAUCUCUUUGAGAGACAACCAAUGUUGAUGUGGCCACUAGCUACCACCCUGCUGGAGUAUGGGACAGGGCAUGAUAUCCGAGUGUUCACUAAGAGCCAGGCUUGCAGUAUGCUCUCAGGUCUCAUUUCAAAGAAAUUGGUGAAUGAAGUAGAUGGUGCUUCUUGGAAGAGUUUUGCAGGUGACAUGGUGACUAAAAUUCAACAGGUGAUUUUGGAGAUCCAGGAAGGUGCAGUAAAACCCAAGUAUGUUGGAGAACUCCUCCAAGUUGUACAUAAAACCAUCACUGCAAAAUGGUACAAAUAUUUACAGAAUGUUAACAUGUUAUUCCAGGUGAUUUUGGAGAUCCAGGAAGGUGCAGUGAAACCCAAGUAUGUUAAAGAACUCCUCCAAGUUGUACAUAAAACCAUCACUGCAGAUCCUGAUGCUAAUCUAAAUUUUUCUGAUGAGGUAAAUGAGAAGCUUGUGUCUCUGAAGGGGAGUAUGGGACAGGAUGCUAUCAAGUUAUGUCGCAAGUUGAACAUCAUCAAACAAGGUGGUAACCAAACCUCAAAGAAAAACAGAAAGCGCAUCGAGGAAGAUUCACAUAACAACGGUGAACCACCAGAGAAAAAAUCUAACAUUCAAAAUGGUGUCCAUGACACACCCCAAGAAAAUUUAUCACCUGUGAAGAAUGAGGUGACCAAUGGGACAACUUUGGGUCUCACUGAUACUCCCAAACCAACUGGAGACACCAGUGAGAGUAAAUCAAGUAAAAAGAAAAAGAAGAGGAAGUCAGGAGCUGCAGAUACUGAAACUAUACUGACUGAAACUCCAAAUACCACUAAAGCAGUUUCUUCGAAGAAAAAGCAUAAAAAGAAAAACAUUAAUCAAGAGUGAAUUUGAUUGAAGUGUACGUAAUUACACAAAGUGAAUAAAAUGGGAACUGAUAUGUAUAAUGUACAUUCUGUUUUCUAUGUUUGUAUGAAAUAAGGCAUUCCUCAACUUAUUGCUGAUCAACCCCAGGAUAUCUUGUCUAUGACGUCAUAAUAGUAUCUGACCAACCCCAAGAUAUCUGGAGGUGCUGUACAAUAAUUGUCGCACAAUUUGUACCAAUAAUCUUUCGAAAUAUUUUAGUAUUUUUUUGUAUUUGCGUGCAAUUGAAAUAUAUUGUCAUUGCUGUUCACAAUGGUAUUAUACACAGAAAAG